GAUGGAGGUGGAGGGCGCCGGGGUCUCUGUGUGCUGCGACUGACACAUACCUCAGGCUUCAGCUCUGAUUGGUCCUCGUUUGGGUGAAGCUCACGGGUUCAUCCCGUCCUUAAGCGCCUCCCCGUUCCUCUAAACUACAUUAUAAUGCAACCAGCCUCCCUUUUAACCACAAACUGAAUUUGCUUUCAUUUAGGCCAUAUAUAUUUCUUAAAUAGGUUAAAGUCAUAGAGAUUUUUAGUGGGAAUAGCAUUUCGCCCUGGAGCGGUGCGCAAUGCUAUCUCAUGCCGACCUCCUGGAUGCUCGCCUCGGGAUGAAAGAUGCCGCGGCGGAGCUCCUGGGUCACAGGGAGGCUCUGAAGUGCAGGCUGGGCGGAGGAGGACCAGACCCGGGACACUCCGCAGAGCUCGGCCCGGGUCCGGACGGCGUGGAAGGGGCCACGAUGCUACCCGGUGAUGAUAUCAGCAGCGGCGGAGGAACCAACCCGGUGCAGGUCAACAGUAAAGAGCAGGAGAAGCAGCAGCAACAGCAACAGCAGCAGCAGCAGAACAACAGCAGCAACAACCCAAACCAGUCUGGAGGACAACAAUCCCAGAAACAGAAGCGACAUCGAACCCGCUUCACCCCGGCGCAGCUCAACGAGCUGGAGCGAAGCUUCGCCAAAACGCACUAUCCAGACAUCUUCAUGCGGGAGGAGCUGGCGCUGAGGAUCGGCCUGACGGAGUCCAGAGUGCAGGUCUGGUUCCAGAACCGUCGGGCCAAAUGGAAGAAGCGCAAGAAGACCACCAACGUGUUCCGCGCUCCGGGCACACUCCUGCCCACUCACCACGGCUUGCCUCAGUUCCCUUCUGCCGCGGCGGCAGCGGCGGCGGCCAUGGGCGACAGUCUGUGUUCGUGCCACGCGAACGACACCCGCUGGGCCACAGCCGGGAUGCCCGGCGUGUCCCAGCUACAGCUGCCACCGUCCCUGGGCCGCCAGCAGGCCAUGGCCCAGUCCCUCUCUCAGUGCAGCCUCGGCGCUGGGCCGCCGCCCAACUCCAUGGGUCUGUCCAACAUGUCGUCCAACGGCACUGGGCUGCAGUCGCACCUCUACCAGCCCACUUUCCCCGGAAUGGUACCCGCGUCCUUAUCCGGGCCCACCAACGUGACCGGCUCGCCUCAGCUGUGUAGCUCCCCGGACAGUGACGUCUGGAGAGGGACAAGCAUCGCGUCGCUGCGCCGCAAAGCGCUGGAGCACACAGUAUCUAUGAGUUUCACCUAGGCCAGCGUUCUCCUUCUGCAUCCCGAUCCUUAUCAACCCCCGGAGAAAUAAAAACAGGAUUCCCACAGAGACGCAGCUGUGUCCUCACAGACCGGAGGAGACCCUCAGCUGUCCACCAUCACCCCCCGCCCCCAUUCUUGGCCUUUAUUACGCAAAAAGUGCUGGUUCUGUUUAAAGCUAUAACUUAUUAUUUCGCAUGUAUUCUAUUUAUUUGUCUAUUUAAACUAUAACUUAUUUGGUUGAAACACUGUUUAUUUGGCUCUAGCGUUUCUAUCGCAGGGCUUCUUGGUGACCCGACGACUACGGAAGUGAAGAGGAAAUGUCUGUGGAUAAUUUGAAACACUGAACUAUAGAUGACACUUUUACGUCAUUGCGGUCCUCUCUGCUUUACCACAUCUCUGAGGAGGCCACAUGUACGCACGGUGGAGUGAGAGAGCACAUGGCAGACUCGGCAGGAGAGAGGAGGAGGAGGAGGAGGAGGAGGAGAGAUGAUUGAGUCUGGAAGAAGACUUGACUGCAUGUGCUGUCCAGAAGGGGAAAAAAUAAUAAUGAGAAAAUAAAAGAAAAAUGAGGGAAAUACCACGAACUGUCCAUGGAAACUGACUAUAAUCUGUUAUAUAGGAUGUUUUGUGUAGGGGAAACACUCUUGUUCUUAUUUGGUCCGUUUGUGAUAACUUCUGUUUCCAGGAUUAUGUCUGUGCUUAUUAAUAAAUAUGAAUUUAUUUAAUGUUUGAGCCAUUUUUGUUUGGAUAUGGACAUGUUUAUAUCAAAUAAGUGUACAAGGUCAAAUAAAAUCAUUUUCAAUUAUGUCACUGCCUGAAUCAAAUAUUCU